AUGAGCAUCACGGUCGUUGGUUCGCUGAAUUAUGACCUAGUUACGUACACAGAUCGUUUACCUGAAGCAGGUGAGACGUUCAGGGCGAAUAGUUUCGAGACACAUGCAGGCGGGAAGGGAUUGAAUCAGGCAAUAGCUAUUGCCAGACUACGACAUCCCGGAUCAAAGAGUCUCUUGAGAAUGGUGGGAAAUGUAGGCGAGGACAUGUUUGGCCAAGAGUUGCUGGAUUUACUUACCGAAAACGGCGUGGACUGCAAAGAAGUUAAGAAGGUGGGAGGAAUGAGCACUGGCGUAGCAACAAUCUUGGUAGAAGAGAAAAACGGGGGUCAGAACAGAAUCCUACUGAGCGAAGGGGCUAACGGGAAAACUGUCUAUGGUCCCGACGAGCUUUCGCGUAUCUUUAACGGCAAGAGCUCUGGCGGUGAAAAGCAUUACGUGGUGUUCCAACAUGAAAUACCGGAUCCCAGUUCCAUAAUGUCCUGGUUGAAGCUAAAUCGGCCCGAGUUUCAAAUAGUAUUCAAUCCGUCGCCUUUCAAACAUCUUGAGCUGGAAGCUUGGAAGAAUGUCGAUGUUUUAAUCGUGAAUGAAAUAGAAGCCCUGCAAAUCGUGGAGGCGGUUUACCCCGAAGAAGAAUGUGAAUCAUAUAGGAGCAUGAUUGGAAAUGACUUUCUUGGUGGCUACCAGAAACUUUGUCUUGAAUUUCAGCGCAGAGUUGUCAGCCAGACGAAUUCUGCGACAGUGGUAAUUACCCUCGGAUCACAAGGGUCUCUGUUUUGCUCUAAGGACCAUCCUCAAGUUGGAUACACCCCUUCCCUCACGGGAAUCAAUGUUGUGGAUACUACAGGCGCUGGUGAUACCUUUCUAGGCUCUUUGGUUAGUCAACUGCAUAGUGGAGCGCGGCUCGAGGAUGCGAUCAGGUUUUCUACAAAAUCCAGCUCACUCACGAUUCAGAAGAAAGGAGCAGCUGAGACUAUACCAACAUUUUCCGAGGUCAUGUCGCUGGAAUAA